AUGGCAGGAAUCAACACUCCAAAAGCUUACGGUGUGUUUGCCAACCAGAUGGGUGGAUAUCACAAUGUUCCUUUUGGUCCGAGACAAAUGUACAAUGAACGAUUUAAAAAGAAGAAGGCCAAAGUAUGUGAUGCGAGAGGUGUCAUUGGUUUCUUACGUAAGUUGAAGGAGAAAGAUCCUGAUCUGUUUUGGAAACACACUUAUAAUCAGGAUCGAAGGCUAGACAAGUUGUUUUGGAGUGAUGGUUGCAGCCGUGACAACUAUUCAUUGUUUGGUGAUGUGUUGGCGUUUGAUGCAACGUACAAGAAGAACAAGUACAAGCGGCCACUUGUUAUAUUCUCUGGGGUUAAUCAUCACAACCAAACAAUUAUAUUUGCUGCUGCUCUAAUUUCCAAUGAGCAAGAGGAUACAUAUGUUUGGUUGCUUCAGAAUUUGUUGGAUGCAAUGCACGGGAAGUUUCCAAUGUCGGUGAUCACAGAUGGAGAUCUGGCAAUGAAAAAUGCGAUUAGAAAGGUUUUACCAAAUGCUCAUCAUAGGUUAUGUGCUUGGCAUCUUCUCCGGAAUGCAGUGAGCAAUGUUGCUGAACCAAAAUUCAUUAAAAUACUUACUAGAUGCAUGCUUUGGGAUCUUGAAGUAGCUGAGUUUGAGAAAAAAUGGUCUGAAAUGGUGAUUGAAUGUGGAUGUGAAGAGAAUGAAUGGGUUCAAGACUUGUAUGCGCGGAAGAAGAUGUGGGCUACUGCACAUAUGCGGGAUUUUAUGCACAAUUUCAACCGAUAUUUGAGUUAUCAGCGACAAAGGGAACUUGAGGCUGAUUUUGCAUCUAUGCACGGAGACCAUGUUCCUCAAACCCAACUAAAGAGACUUGAAAGGUCCGCUUCCAACCAUUAUACAAAUAGCAUUUUCAAGCUUAUCUCUAAGGGUCUUCAUCGGUCAAUGAUGCUAAAGGUGGAUCUUUACAAGGAGACUUCAAGUUCCAUCAUUUACUUUGUCUCGCAUUUCUCCUUGUCUAGUAGGAAAUGGGUUGUCUCAUUGUGCCAAACAAGUGCUGUCUUUAAAUGCUCUUGUAUGAGGAUGGAAUCGCAUGGUAUUCCGUGCGAUCACAUUCUUGCUGUAUGCAGAUUUUUAGACCUACCUGAAAUUCCCUCAACCUUAAUUAUGGGGAGAUGGACCAAAUCAACAAAAGAGGGUCUUGACUUGCGUGGGGAACAAUUGGCUUCAUGGGACCCAAUGGAUGUUUGUAGAUUUCACGUUUUGAGGGAAAACUGCAGGAGGAUGGCUAAAGCAGCUUGUAGAGCACCAGAUAAGUUUCGGGAAACAAAUGAGAUUGUUUUGAAACAGGCAAGAAAGAUGGAAAAAAGUGAUGAUGUCGUAAAAGAACCUGUACCAAGGGUGGAUAAUGAUCCUGACAGGUGUGCUGCUGGAGCAUUGAUGCAGUUGAAGUGCAUACUUGGAGAUGUAGCUGGAGAUGGUUUGAUGAUGAUGGAUCAUAAGCCAAUACAUUGA